AUGGAAACAGGAAAUGACACUCAGCUUUCAGAAUUCUUUCUUCUGGGAUUUUCAGAGAAUCAACCUCAAAUUCAGCCUCUCAUAUUUGGACUGUUCCUCUUCAUGUAUANAUUGACUGUCACUGGAAACCUACUCAUCAUCAUGGCCAUCAUUGUUGACUCCCACCUGCACACACCCAUGUACCUCUUCCUCUCUAAUCUGUCCUUUGUGGACAUCUGCUUCACUUCCACCACUGUUCCACAGAUGCUGGUAAACAUUCACACACAGAGCAAGGUCAUCACCUAUGCAGGCUGCAUCACCCAGAUGUACUUCGUAGUGCUUUUUUCAGGGUUAGACAUAUUUCUGCUGACUGUAAUGGCCUAUGACCGCUAUGUGGCCAUCUGUCACCCCCUGCAUUACAUGAUCAUCAUGAACACAAGACGCUGUGGNUUGCUGAUUCUGGCAUGCUGGAUUAUGGGUGUUAUAAAUUCCUUGUUACACAGCUUUUUGGUGUUACGGCUGUCAUUCUGCACAAACUUGGAAAUCCCUCAUUUUUUCUGUGAACUUAAUCAAGUUGUACACCAGGCCUGUUCUGACACCUUUCUUAAUGAUAUGGUAAUUUACUCCAUAGGAGGGGCAGUCUCUGGAUGGCCUUUUAAAGGAAUAUUCUUAAGUUAUAAUACUUCUGUGGAAACAAUUCCCUUUGACAAAUGA